CACACUCAAGCUCACACACACUCACACUAUAGGAAUUACACACAAUGCUAUGACUCCAUACCCCAUGGUACCACAAUACCUGAGUGUUACAGAGGCAGCACUCUCAGCCCUGCAAGCACAAUGGACUGAAGCAGACCUCAAACAGAACCAGCAAAACAUCCUAUGGUUCUGUUCAGCUGCGACCUCUGCCUGGUGAGAGCAAACAGGCCUCCGUCUCCAGUCAAUGUGACAGUAACACAUCUAAAGGCCAACUCAGCCACUGUCACCUGGGAUGUGCCUGAAGGAGAUAUUAUCAUUGGAUAUGCAAUCUCUCAGCAGAGACAAGAUGGACAGAUUCACAGGUUCAUACGAGAGGUGAACACGACCAAUCGGGCCUGUGUGUUGUGGGACCUGGAGGAGGACACGGACUACAUCAUCCAAGUGCAGUCUAUUGGGCUGUACAGCGAGAGCCAGGCCAGCAAGCGCAUCCACUUCCGCACCCUGAAGGAGACAGACAAAGUGCCCUCCAACAGCUCCAAUCAGGGGGACAUCACAGUCCAAGGGGUGGACAAGGAACGGCAGCUGGAAACCGGGGAGAUUAUCAUCAUUGUGGCUGUGCUGCUUAUGUGGGCAGCUGUCAUUGCCCUCUUCUGCCGGCAGUAUGAUAUCAUUAAAGACAAUGAUUCCAACAACAACAAAGAGAAGACAAAACCGUCAUCGGAACAGAGCACUCCGGAGCGGCAGACAGGGGGAUUACUGCGGAAGAAGAAGACACCCUCGGUCAACAUCAUAGAAGUAUAGCGCAUCUGCGUCCAGGCCUUGAGCCCCAACUGGUCCCACGGUGUCCUGGACUCAGGGCCUCCACUGGACGAAACGCACAAGAGCGCCGGUCACUUCGUAUAGCAAUACCACUAAACUCCGCUACCGGCAGGGUUUACUCAAGGGCUCACCCCGUUCACUGUAAUUACCUAUAAAGAGAACUCAUCGACUGUACGGUCUGUGUAUGACUAAAGAAACAUGAACUCUCUUUAAAGCCUUGAAUGUCACGGAAUGGCAUUUAGAGAAUGGUCAGGGCAGAUAUGGUGGUUGUCCAUUAUUAUGAAAUGUGUGUGGAAGUUAACAAAGAUCAUGAGAUCAUCGAACAGAUCCAAGCUAAGUGAUAGUCCGUGUUCUGGAGGUUCUAGGCAUCUCAGGAGUAUGGUGGGAAUCUCCAAGUCAUGUUCCAUUCACAAGUGGACUGGGGAAGAUCUUAGCAAAGACUUGAGGCUCUCUGUAAGUGUUCUGCUCUGUAACAAUUAACCCUAAUUAGCAGAUUCCACGAUGGUGAGGUCUCCCUGUUGACCAUUCACCAUCCCAGAGAUGUUCUACUCAUGAUGUGGUUCCUCUCGCCAUGGAGACCUGCAGUGCGGGUGUAACGUUGCCAAUGCUCUCGCUUUCACACGAUCUCUAUAGUUUUAUAUUGCCUCUGCUAUUAAUGCCAUUUCACGUUGCCCUUACUGUGUGUGCUUUAUUUUCUAAUAUAGUGAUGGUUAACGGUCUCUCUCGGUGAGAGAGAGAACACUCUCUCCUUAUGGAACAUAUUGAAUGUGGUCGAUGGAUACAGUGCAACAGUGUUCUCUAGCAUAGAAACAGUGACUGAUGUAUCUAGAUUUUGUUCUUCAUAAUUAAAAAGAAGGUCUGUGUCCUGUUAUGGAUAGAAAGUU